UUUUGAGGUAAGGAUUGCUUUGAACUAACUUAAAAUUUUAGGAGAAAUUAAGCGGUUUAGGGUCUACGACCAGGUUCAAGUGAAGGCUGAGCCCUUAACCCUGAUUGUGCCACAAUUCGAGGUGCCACUGCCGCCACUCCUUCCAGCGGAUACUGAUGUUCCUGAAGCGGUUUUAUACGAUGUGGGAGAGGUUGAAGAAGGAGAAAACGAAGAAGAAAUGUUUUCCGAUUUGGACGAGUACGAUGAUUUGCAAUAA